CGCCGCACUCUCGCCCCGGACGUCGGCCGUACUGUUCGUUAUUACUCGAUGAUCUUCUUCUUUGUCUCGCACACGAUCGCGAUACAUCGUUAUUUUUAUUCCGAACUGACAUCUAGACCCGGCUUGGAUUCCUAUCGAACUCUGGAUUUCAGUGCUAACGGAUUGCAGUGACACUAGUGGAUAUGUCUUUUUAUUAACGUAUUUGUUUUUAUGUCAAGUGCACUAACAAAGUUUACUGUCACUAAUUAACAUUAAUAGUGUUUACGGAAUAAUAUGACUUAUAUGUGAAAACUGUGAAAAGUGAUAAUUUAAUGAUAGGCAUGAAUGUUUACAUUAAAUGGUGUACGUUUUAUGAAAACUGAAGUAUCCCAUUUCAAUAGAAGUCAAACACAGUUACCAUAGUGAGGAUCAAAGAUUCGCCUAAGAACAAUGCAGAAGGCAGCAGCAAAAAGGAAAGCAAGAAAAAAAACAACAAACAAAAGACGGAAGGAAGUGGUUCGGUGACAGGGAAUAAGGUCGAAAAGACUGCGUCUGCUGCUGUAAAGGUGGACAAGGAAGCCAAAAGACCAUCGCCAACCAAAGAUGUCCCAGAACAACAGGCGAGUCCCGAAAAUAGCAGAAAUGCUUCUCCACGGUACCACGAUGCAUCAAUGGAAGAUGCAUCGGACGCAGGCUCUCUGUUCCGAGUGGCGGGCGCGGCAGCUACAGCGGGGGGCGCCAAGAAUGAGCUGGUUGCUCGGGGUGGCAGUGGCGGCGCGCUCGCUCUGUCCCGCGCGCCGGUGGGUGGCAGCGCGAGCCCCGCGCCGGCGCCGCUGCCGCAGCCUGCGCCCUCGCCCGCGCCGGCCGCCCUGCCGCCGCCCGCGCUGCCGCCGCCGCCCUUCCGCGCCGACACACCACACCGGCCCAACGGCGCGCACAUUCCUGCUCUCGAUGGCCACGCCGCAACGCAAAUCCCGGCGCGGCCAGUCGGCGCCGCCGGACCCGACACGCCCGAGCGCCCCGCCAGCAACAGCAAGUUGCAACCAGGCGCGAGAGCCUCCGCAGACAGUCCUACCCCUGCACCUCCCGCUCCCCCCGCACCCUCUCCUCUAUUCCCUUCGCAUACCGCCUACCAAUCUCAGUCCCAAUCGCAUGCUGCCGCCGCGUUACCAGACUUCCGGCAUACGAACCAUGAAACGCGAACCGAGCCUCCAGAGCAGCCUCCGGCGCCCCUGGACCUGCACACACAUCACACGGCGCACCACACGCCGCGGCCGCCGCACCUCGCGCCCAGCCCGGCCCAGGCGCCGCAUCCUAGUCUCCAGAGCCGCGUGCCGCACUCGCAGGCGCAUCCAGUGAUGCCUGGCCAUGACGUUCGAAAUCAACCGGUCGCAGCUCAGACACAUCCCUCCGUUCCUACCUCGUUUUCGAACCGCGUCAAUGGUGUUCCGCAAAGCGUAGCACCACAUUCGACGCCUUCUUCAAUUCCGAGCUGUCUUCCGAGUCAAACUCUCACAGGACGGUCGCUCUCUCCGGCCGCGCCGACCUCUCGCCCCUACCCCACCCCGUCCAUCGGGUCUAGUCAUGUAAACUCCAGUAUAAGUUCCAGUAUUCACGGUCACUCAAUAGCUUACCAGAGUCAGUCGAGUUUACAGAAACAUUCCGUUCAGCCUGUGUAUGCGAACAGACCGUCACAUCUCGCACCCUUCAGCAUAUCUAAUCACAUUUCAUCCAGUCACAUUCAGUCUUCUACAGCGAAUCAACCUCCAAUCCCCCCGCAUAUGAGCCAUCCGAUGAACAGUCAUUCCGCUACUAGCCUUUCGAGUCACCUCCCUGUAGUUAACCCCAGUUCCUUAUCGACGUCCACACCAAACCAUAUUGUUCCCCCGUCUACUUUAGCGUCUAUCACAAGUACCACGAUGUCUUCUUUCACCCCCAGCCUUAAGUCACACCCGGGUGUCAAUUUACCACCCCAACCGACCUCUGUCGCCACGCCCGUAUCUUCUCACUUACCAAGCAGCCACGUGGAUUCAUUACCCACGUCCAGUUGUACACCGACAAACUUAACACCAGUGUUGACGAAUACCAGCAGCAACAAUCAUCCUCUGGUGCCUCCCGUCGUCGACUCCAGGCAACCUCCAAUAUCGUCAUGUGAGCUGCCUGCGCGUACUGAGAGUCCGAUUGUCUCCUCAACCCUAGCUUCCAAUAGUUAUCCGCCUCCUGCAGUAUAUUCAGGAUCUUCGUAUCCGGCGUUGUACACGCCAUAUGCCGCCACAAUGCAACACAGUCCUUACCUACCGCCUGCUGCGGCUUCACCGCGGAACUCAGCUGACACGAGAACGAGUUUAUCUGCGUCGCCUUUGGUUGCACCAAAAACACCUAAGGGAGUGCGACCUCACACGCCGGGAUCUACGGGCGCGGCGGGGGCUGCACUCUCCUACUCUCCACGUGGCCACAGUCCUAAUAGAGAACGCGAAAGUUUCAGCAGCAACAUCAGCAGCCUGUCUCGCAGCACGCCCGCGUCGGCCGCGGCCUCGCUGCCGUCGCUGGCGCCGCCACUCGUGGCGCCGCUCGCCGCUCCACUCGCCACACCUUUAGCUGCUCCAAUGCCGGUUCGGACAGAAAGACAUGAACUGUAUAAACCUCAGGGUCCUCUCCCGGUGUCGUUGGCGGGGCCGCUGCCGGCGCCGCUGCCCCCGCUGGGCGGCGGGCUGGUGCCGCUGGCGCCGGCGCUGGGCCCCGCGCUGUCGGCGCCGCUGGCGGCCCCCACGCCCACGCCGGCCGCGCCCGCGGGCCCGCACCUCACGCACUCGCUGGCGCCCGUGCCCACCGUGCCCAGCAUCAGCUCCAGCGCCAAGCCGCCGGCUCACUGGGGGGUCACCAGGCCGACUGGGGCGGAGCGGCCUUCAGGCUUCGCGCCCGCUCCACCUUUGUUCGGAGCGCCGCUUCCACCGCCUAAUCCCAACCCGUUCUCUGCCGAAUCACUAUUUCAAAGCAAGACGUGCUUUUCAGGCCCGGGCGCGGACCUGCUGCGGCGCGAGCUGGACAACCGGUUCCUGGCGGCGGCGGGCGCCGUGUCGGGCGUGCGCACGGAGAUGCACCACCACCAGCACCAGCACCAGCACACGCACGUGCACCAGCACCCGCCGCACGCGCAGCCGCCGCACCCGCACCACCCGCACCAGCUGCUCGUGCCGCACGCGCCGCUCUUCAAGGAUGUAAGCAAAAUGUCAUCGCUGUACCGCAGCGGAAUCGGGCUCGGUUACCCAUACUCCUCAAGUCUUCUGCAUCCCACCGGACCCUACGUGCCACCGGCGCCACUUACUACAUACGCUCCUAAGCCCGUAGUGUCAGCCGCAAGCGACUCCACCUCUAAACCACCACCACGUCCCGCUGUCGCGAAAACGGGAAAGUGGAAUGCGAUGCACGUAAGGAUUGCUUGGGAGAUCUACAAUCACCAACAAAAAGAGAAGACGGGCGGCGGCACAAUGCCGGGCAGCGCCGACAAAGACAAGCUGCGAGCGUUCCCCGCGCCGGCGCCGCCCCCGCCCACCUACCGCUCGCCCUACGAGCUGCCGCCCUCGCCCUAUCUGCCGCACCACCCGCACCUAGGUACGCUCCGGCGCUUCGAGCCCGGCCUGCCCGCGCCCGCGCCCGCUUCUCACCGAGCUGUGCGCGUUUCAGGCGUGUCCCCCUUCGCGCGGUACGGGCCCGGCGCCUACCCCGGCGCGCCGCCCUUCGGCCUCACGGCGUACGGCCGCGACCUGGCGCUGUCCUCCUCGCUGCACGGCGUGCACCACGCGCCGCCGCUGGGCGCGCUGCACGACGCCUGGCGCGGCGUGCGCCCGCCCGCGCCGCCGCUCUCCGCCGAGGCGCGCCGCGACCACGACGAGCGCGAGCGCGCCCGCCGCGAGCGCGACGAGCGGGAGCGGCGCGAGCGGGAGGAGCGCGAGCGCCGCAAGGCGCGCGAGCAGCGCGAGCACCGCGACCGCGAGCUCGAGCGGGCCCGCGCGCGCUCCCCGCUGCGCAACGGCGCGCCCGACGCCAUCAAGGAAGAGCGCAAGGAGCCUCCGCGACACCCGCCUCCCUCGCUGCCGGCUUACCCGCCGCCGCCACCUUGGGACCCUUACCGUACAUUCGACCCUCUGCAACACAUGCGAUUCGCGCCGCUCGUGGAGGCGGCCAUCCGAGCCGAGGAGGACCGCGCCAAGAUGUUGAGUGCGUACGCUCACCACCAGCAGUUGAAGUCGAGCCCGCUGCUGCACCGCGGACUGCCGCCGCACGCGCCGCUGCCGCCGCUGGGCUCGCACGCGCCGCUGGCCCCGCUGGCACCACUGGCGCCGCCACUGGCCCCGCUCGCGCCGCUGGACCUGCUCAAGAAGGAAGAGCCGCGAUGAUAGCGAUGCGGCGCAACCGCCGUGUCGCCGAGUGUACAUAAAGUAGCGUAAACGACGUCGCAAGUGAGAGUACGACUAAUUUAAUGUAUAUCGUUUCGCAUUAUCGGUUUAGAGAAUUAUUUAUUGUAACGUCGCUUACAGAACGACGAUUGUCAGUUCGGUCGGCGUCCCGUCUUGCCGGUGUCGUUUCGUUAGAGACAGUGAGGUAGAGUGAGGGAGCUAGUUCGCAGACGAGGCGAGCUGGGGACCGGAGGGUGGUGCGAGCUGCAGCUCGACAUGUGCAAUAUUGGACGAGAACACUGGGCGCUCGUCGCCGCCGGCCUGUACACUACUGCUUGUUUAUUUACAUGAAAAUAUCUAUCGAGUUGUUAUUGUGACCAUUAUUAGUUAAUUAUACAUGAAAAUUGCUGAUUAUUGUGAAGGAUAGGAUUAUCGGAAUCGCUAUCGAUAUAAUUAUACAUAUUUAUAUAUACUUAUAAAUAAAAUGUAAAUAUUAGUAUGUAAAUUAGUGUUAAAAUAUAGAAUUGGUUUAUUUAACGUCAUACAAAAGAAAAUCCCAUAAAUUAUUAUUGCAUCGGGAGUUUAAUUUACACUUCCGUUAAAAAUCUCAAUGGUUUUUCAAUUGUACCAGUGGAGUUUUGUUUAUUUAUACUCCCCCUUAGUGAACACAAUUUCAGGUAUAGCAGUUAUUUCAUUUAAAUGCAUUUAAAAUAUGUGAUAUUAUUGUAUUGUGAAAUACAUUUUGUCUGACUUCAAAGUAGUGUCUAUUCUCAGGUAUCUAGAUAUAACAGUAAUACAAUAAUGGUUGGAUUUGUAUUUAUCAUAAAUCAUGUUGUUUUCAUUAAAAUUGUAUUUGUCAACAAGCGAUGUAAUUAUGAAAUCCUUAGUAACUUUAUCAUCAUGUCAUGUACUAUUAUACUCUUAUGUGCCAUUGAAUCAAUUUUAAACGGGCAUUGAGUCAGACAAAAUUGAAUUUAGGAUUUAUCAUUACAGAUACAUCUGACAGUUUGUGUUCUUAAAAUCUCAAGAAUGACUCAGAAUUAUUAUAGUUUAUUCAAAAUCAUUCUGUAUACUAAAAAGUAAAUGAAAGCUUGGUGCGAUUCAGAAAAUACCAUUAAAACUUUUGAUUUUUAUACCAAA